GGGGUGGUUCGAGCACAGAUGGUGCAAAAGGGGGUCGGAUCCAUCGCAGUCUUAGAAGGGCUCCGGGCUCCCAGGAUGUUUGCCCAGUGCUCCCGGAAUUCCGUGAGCCCCGUGGUGCUGCUGGUGCUGCUGGGCUGCCUCCUGUGCCCCCCAGCACAGGCCAGCAAGAGCUCCGAGGACAUUCGCUGCAAGUGCAUCUGCCCCCCGUACCGGAACAUCAGCGGGCACAUCUACAACAAGAAUGUGUCCCAGAAGGACUGCAACUGCCUGCACGUGGUGGAGCCCAUGCCAGUGCCCGGGAACGAUGUGGAGGCCUAUUGCCUGCUCUGCGAGUGCAAGUACGAGGAGCGCAGCACCACCACCAUCAAGGUGAUCAUCAUCAUCUACCUGUCGGUGGUGGGGGCCCUGCUGCUGUACAUGGCCUUCCUGGUGCUCGUGGACCCCCUGAUCCGCAAGCCCGACCCCUACACCCACCCCCUGCACAACGAGGAGGAGAGCGAGGACACUCGCUCCUUGGCCGCAGUGCCCACCCCAGCGGGAGCCAGAGCCAACACGGUGCUGGAGCGCGUGGAGGGGGCCCAGCAGCGCUGGAAGAGGCAGGUGCAGGAGCAGAGGAAGACGGUGUUUGACCGGCACAAGAUGCUGAGUUAGAUCCCUGUGGGCCCUCGGCAUCGCUUCCCAGGACACGGGGCAGCUCCUGGAGCAGCCGCACAGGGGUCACCGUCAGGACACCGCGGUGUGGGACCGAAAGCUCCAACCCUUCCCUGAUUCACCGUCUCCAUCAGCCCCAAAUGCCUCCCCUGGUUCUGGCCCUGCCCUUCCCCUCUCAGAGCCCAGAGGCUCCUUCCCCUGCCCGGCUGAUCCUGGGGCUGUGUGUGGAAGCCCCGGACUCCUGGGGCUCCAUCAGCCCACCCCACCUCAGACAGGGAUCUCAGCACGGAGCGCUGGCAGCUGGCUGAGUCUUCUGCCGAUAAAAACAGUGGGGUAAUUUUGAUGUGAGAUAAAUUACGUGAUGCUCCUCCAGGAUGAAGCAGUCACCUCCUCCUCCUCUUCCUCCGGCGUGCACUGAUGUUAACUGGGCAUUGUGGUGCACGUGUGCAGCACUGGGAGGAAGAGGAGGGGGUUCCUGCCAGCUGCUGCUUCCACUUAUCCUGGUGUACAUGGAGAGGUUCCACACCCCAGUGAAGUCUGUCCAGGUUUACACCAGCACAACCAAGGCUGCAGCUUGUUUCUGUGCAGGUGAACAUCACCAACCCAAUUAGUACCUGCAGCAGGAAGAGUCCAGCAGGUAAAACCAGCUGAUUUACAUUUAUAUCUUUUCAUUCUUUAGCAGUGGGUAAAAACCUCCUGGGGAGAAACCUUUCUGUUUGUACCUGUGCUGGUGACCCUUGGUGUUCUCCCGGUGAGGGCAGAGCAUUUGUGUCCAAGAGAACCAGGGCAAAGGCUCUCCUGGAGCACUGGAAACACUUGUCUGGGCCUUGGGGCCCUGGGGAGGGGACACUUGAGCUACUCAAAGCACUCUGAGAGCUCUGGCCAGACUUGGGCUUGUGUGGAGGAAACCAAAGUGAUUCUGUGAUGUGCACACUGAGAACAUUUGGAACGUCAGGAGGUGCUGGAGUUCAUCGUGUAGCAUCUCUCUAUUAAAUGCAGACAAAGAUCCA